UAGUUUUGGAAGAACGGUGCUGGUAUAUAAGAUAGGGGACACAGCUGCAAGCGGUUUAGGGCGUAAAAGAAGAAACGAAGCCGUAGAAGAGGGCUCUUUCUUGGCGGAGCAAACUUAUCUCCGAAUCUUCAAGAUGGAUCGGUACCAGAGAGUGGAGAAGCCUAAAGCUGAUACACCAAUUGACGAGAAUGAGAUUCGUAUUACUAGUCAGGGAAGGAUGCGCAGUUAUAUCUCAUAUGCCAUGAGUUUGCUUCAAGAAAAAGGAUCGAAUGAGAUUGUGUUCAAAGCAAUGGGAAGAGCCAUCAACAAGACUGUGACUAUAGUGGAGUUAAUCAAGAGAAGAAUUGUUGGUCUCCAUCAGAUCACAGCAAUUGGAUCCACAGAUAUAACUGAUACAUGGGAGCCCAUUGAGGAAGGCCUCCUUCCUUUGGAAACCACAAGGCACGUCUCAAUGAUUACUAUUACCCUUUCCAAGAAGGAACUGAAUACAUCUGCUGUUGGGUACCAGCCUCCUUUGCCUGCAGAGUUGGUGAAGGGAUCAGCAGAAUUUGAUUAUGAAGGAGAGGGCUCACCAAGUGGUCGAGGUAGGGGUCGGGGUGGUAGAGGCAGAGCAAGGGGCAGAGGAAAUGGAUUUGUUCCUGAAUAUGAAGAUGGUGGUUGGGACCGCAACAGGGGCCAUUUUAGAGGUAGGGGUAGGGGAAGAGGACGCAGUUUCCGAGGCCGUGGGAGAGGGGGAUACAAUGGACCUUAUGCGGACAUGCUGCAAGAUGGAGGCUACAAUUAUGAUCCACCUGCUCAAGGCCGUGGUCGAGGUCGUGGCCGAGGGAGGGGAAAUCGUGGAAGGGGCCGUGGAUUUAGAUCUAAUGGGCCGAUCCAGGCAGCUGCAUGAGAUGCUCGUUUGGCUUUCCCUUUUUCAGCGCUGUUGACCAUGUUUGAUGCCUUUAUCCAAUAUCAUAUUUUAUUAUUAUUUCCUUUUUCCAAAUUUUGCGUUAUGUCAGAAUUAGGAGUUUUUAACUUUAGGACAUUCAUGUGUAACCCUGUAGACUAAUCUUUGUAGCUUGAAACUGUUGCCUCGAGGAAUUCUAGGUUUAGUGUGUUGCAUGAAGCCUUGAGCAAUUGUAACUGUUUUUAUUUGUUCUGAGCAGUGCAUUCUUUUAUUUUUC